AGACGCUCCGAACACUCCGGAGCCACUUUGCGCAUCAACAUCAUCUGUACGGGAAAUAUUUUUUAUCUGAACUCAGAAUAUUAUUAUAUUUUUCUUCCAUUUCUACUGAUGUUGUUGCGUUUUUACCAGAAGCAGCGGAGGAGACGAUAUUGUCAUUAUUUCACUUAAAAGUCUUUUUGAUUGAAUUCCUAAUUAACUGCAGAGGAACAUCGGCUUCAUGUCUCGCGCACCACAGCGGAUUUCGGAGUUAAAUAGAAACAUUUAAGGUACAAUUGGUAAAAUUGUCUCACUAUAAGACAGAGAUCCGAUCUUGUGACACUUUGCUGUGUUCUCCAACGGAACCGGGUUUGAUGGAAACAUGACCAAAGCUGCAACCAUACCGGUUCUCCUGCACAAGCUCCUCUUCCACCUGCUGCCGCUGCUGCUUCAUGCCUCCCCGGAGCGUCUGUCCGCGCAGCCCAGACAUCCAGCGCGCUCCUUCGGACAAAUCACCGAGAACUCCCCGGCUGGGACGCCGGUGGACGGGGUGCUGCUGCCGGUCGGAGCCGGUGGCUGCCCCGGUGUGGACCUGAAUGCCAGCCUGAUGGGAGACUACGCGUCGGAUUUCAGACUCAUUCACUACCACGGGCACCGGGACCAACGGGGGCAUUUCGGUUUGGUCUCCGCCAAAGCUCUGGACCGGGAGUUCAUCGCGAUGUACGAGCUGACGGUGAAGCUGCCGCCGCGGUGUCUGAGGAGACCGGCCGCCGUCCAGGUGGAAGUGACGGACAGGAACGACAACAUCCCCCGGUUCACCGGCGGGAACCAGACGGUUGAAGUGGAUGAGCUGACGCCGCUUGGCACCGAGCUGACCCGCUUUGACGCGAAGGACGGCGACGCGGAGAAGAACGGACGCGUCACCUUUUACGCGUCACCGGAGUCUCACCUGCUUCACGUGGUUCCACAAACUGGGCAGGUGAGGCUGGUCGGGUCCCUGCUGGGUGUCAGACAUGUGGCUCUGCGCCUGUACGUGCGUGACGGCGGAGAAGUGGCGCUGAGAGGUGUGCCGGUGCUCCUGCGCGUCAACGUCCGCCGCUCCAGCAGAGCGCAGCGGAAGCCUCGGGCUCUGACCGAGGAGCUGACAUACACCGUGUCCGUCCCGGACCACGUAAGAGUCGGGGACCUGGUGUUCACGGUGCCGGAUCAAAAGUUCGAGCAGUGCUGGUUCGAGGUGAUAUCCGAGGCGGACUCUUCGGUCCAGAUCGAGCGGGACUCGGGGCGAAUGUACCUGGCGCGCAGCCUGCGCGAGCCCGCCGAGGUGGUGGUGAAGAUCCACAACUUCCGAGGCGAUGAGUGGUACCUGUGCAGGUUGACUCUCAGCACGCUCAGCCAGGCCGACCUGCAGUGGUCCAUGUUCCCCUCGCCGUACCUGGGCGCCGUGGGCCCUGACGCCGCCGCCGGCUCGGUGGUGUACCGACUGUCGGCACGGCGGCGAGACGGGACGCUUGGACAAACCCAGUUCCUCCUGCUGGACGGUGGGGAGGAGUGCUUCGAGGUGAACCGUCGCUCCGGUGAGGUGAGGACCACGGGACGACCUCUGACCCCCAGUAAAGAGUACCUGAUGCGGGUGCAGGCGAUGGACGGGGGCGGUCGUAAAGGCCCGCCGGCCACAGUGGCCGUCCUGGCCGGCUACCGGCCGCCGCAGUUCACCAACGCCACCUACAGCCUGAACGUACCGGAGAACACGGCCGUCGGCCAACCUGUCUCGGUGUUUCAGGCCGUCUCCUUCCAGAAGAAGAGUCUAGCCUUCAUGCUGCUGGUGAAUCCUGGGAAUCUGUUCAGCAUCAACCAGGAGAGCGGCGCGCUCAGCCUCACCCGGACCGUGGACUAUGAGAGCGGACACAACCUGCACAGCCUGCAAGUCCGCGCCUCCGAACCCGACACUGGCCUCAGCGGCGUGGCAGAGGUCGUCGUCCACAUAACGGAUGAGAACGACUGCACGCCGGAGUUCCUCCACUCCAUCUACACCAGAGACAACAUACCUGAGAGCAUCACACCUGGAACCUCCCUGCUUCAAGUCCUGGCCCGGGACUGUGACUCUGGUGUAAACUCGGAGCUCUCGUACUUCGUUCACGGCGGUGACUUUGACAUCACAUCGGGGGGCGUGGUCAGCCCCGCACGUCGCCUUGACUACGAGCGACCCAACCACGUCUAUGAGUUUGUGGUGGUCGCCGUGGAUGCGGGGACGCCCCCCCAUACAGGCACCGCCUCCGUCCGCAUCCGAGUCGCCAAUAGCAACGACGAGGCGCCCGUCUUCUCCCAGAGCGCGUACAAGACGUUUCUCAGUGAGGAUGCCGGUCCCGACACGCUGGUCGCUAUUGUUCACGCCAACGACCCGGAUGGAGACGCCGUCUCUUACGCCAUCACCGGCGGCAAUGAGGACAGCAACUUCCUGCUGGACAACCAGAAGGGCAUCAUCCAGCUGCGGAGGAGCCCCCCCCCGAGGCUCAGGGGGCCGCAGUACGUUCUCAACAUCACCGCCACGGACGACAACGCGUCCGGUGGGCCGUACCCGCUCAGCAGCUCCGCCCAGGUCAUCGUAGGAAUCAACGACAUCAACAACAACAAACCGCUCUUCCAGGAGUGUCUGAACUACAGUCUGAACGCGGCGGUGCUGGAGAACCAGCCGCCGGGGACGUUAGUCCUGCGCAACCAGCCGCCGGGGACGUUAGUCCUGCGCGUCCAGGCCCACGACGCCGACAUGGGGGUCAACGGAGAGGUCAAAUACGGCAUCAUGCACAGAGACGGAGUGUCGUCCGGGUUUGACAUCAAUGCCGACACCGGUGUGAUCGCCACUACGGUGAGUUUUGACCGGGAGCGUCAGAGGGAGUACACGCUGUCGGUGACGGCCACGGAUCAGGCUGAAGAGCCGCUCAUCGGGAUCUGUCAGAUCACCGUCCUCAUCGGCGACGAGAACGACAACGACCCCAAGUUUGAAAACAGCCGCUACCAGUACUUCCUGCGCGAGGACACUCCAGUAGGAACUAGUUUCCUGCGGGCGGCGGCACACGAUGAUGAUCAGGGGAGCAACGCGGCCAUCACCUACUCCCUGUCCAAUCAGAAGCCAGCUUACCUGCACAUCAACCCCAGCACUGGCUGGAUUUACGUCAAUCACCCCAUCUCACAGACGUCCAGGAUCAACCAGCAGAUCGUGGCGUCAGACGGAGGGAACCGCAGCAGCUCGGUGGAGCUGACCGUCAUCAUCACCAACGUGCACAACCAGCCGCCGCACUGGGAGCAGCCCGAGUACUGGGUCACCGUGCCGGAGAACAACGUGCGAGACGCCAAGAUAGUGACCAUCAAGGCGACGUCCCCGCUCGGUGACCCCCGGGUGACCUACAACCUGGAGGAGGGUCAGGUGCCGGAGACCAACAUGCCGGUGCGUUUCUACAUCAAGCCCAACCGGGCGGACAGCUCGGCGUCCAUCCUGGUGUCCGAGAACCUGGACUUUGAGACGACGCGCUUCUUCGCGCUCAGAGUGCGAGUCCAGAACGUCGCCGCCGUGCCGCUGGCGUCCUUCACCACCGUCUACGUCAACGUGACAGACGUGAACGACAAUGUCCCCUUCUUCCUGUCGUCCACCUACGAGGCCACGGUCCCUGAAGGAGCGGAGGUCGGCACGUCGGUGGCUCAGGUAUCGGCCACAGAUCUGGACUCUGGUCUGCACGGGAUGGUCCACUAUGUGAUCCUGAAGGACGAGAGCGGGGACUCGCAGUUCUUCAGCAUCGACACGCACAGCGGCGUCAUCGUCACUCGAGCCUCCUUUGACCGCGAGCAGAAAGCCUCCUACCUCAUCGAGGUCCAGUCGCAGGACGGCUCCGAGUCGGCCAGACCGGGCCUGCAGGGACAACCCAACACUGACACGGCGUACGUCAGGAUCUUUGUCACCGACGUCAACGACAACGCGCCGGCGUUCGCCCGUCCGGUGUACGAGGUGAGCGUGGAGGAAGACAAGGAGGUCGGCUUUGUCCUCAUCACCGUCACCGCCAACGACGAGGACGAAGGUGCCAACGCCAAGCUGCGCUACCAGAUCACGUCCGGAAACACGAUGGGCACCUUUGACGUGGAGCCGGAGGUGGGCACCAUCUUCGUGGCUCAGCCGCUGGACUACGAGAUGGAGCAGCGCUACGAGCUGCGGCUGGUCGCCUCCGACGGGAAAUGGGAGAAUGAGACGCUGGUGGUGGUUCAGGUGGUCAAUCGCAACGAUGAGGCGCCCGUCUUCAGCCAGACCGAGUACCAUGCCGCCGUGACAGAGGAGCUCACCCAGCUGCCUGUUUUCAUGCUGGAGGUGUCGGCCACAGAUCCAGACCAGGAAGCCGACCAGACCGCCCUCCGUUAUUCGCUCCAUGGCCAGGGCGCCGGUGGCGAGUUCACCAUUGACGAACGCACUGGAAGAAUCUAUUCACAACGGCGCCUGGACCGCGAGGAGCGCCCGGCCUGGAGAUUCCUCGUCCUUGCCACAGAUGAGGGAGGAGCUGGACUCACAGGAUUUGCCGAUGUGCUGUUAGAGGUCAGAGACGUCAACGACAACGCACCCUUCUUCCCGUGCCCUGCACUGGAAGUCGACGGAUGUUUUGUCGGCCAAGUGCCUGAAAAUUCACCUGCUGACACCUCCGUCAUGGAGAUGCGCGCCAUGGACCUUGAUGACCCCAACGAGGGCAAGAACGCCAUGCUGACCUACAGCAUCAUCAAGAACGUCCGCAACGAGAUUAACCUCAACCUGUUCUCCAUCAACGCCAGCACGGGGACCAUCUACACGGUCCUUCGUUCCUUGGACCGGGAGGCAGAGGACCGAUAUCUGGUGGUGGUGGAGGCCAGGGAUGGAGGGGGUUUAGCGGGAACAGGGACAGCCACCAUCAUGAUUUCAGACGUCAACGAUCACCCACCCGUCUUCACUCAGAGGGUGUACACCACUCAGGUGACAGAGGACCUGGAGGUGAACAGCGAGGUCCUUGUAGUUUCUGCCACAGACGGAGACGAGGGCGAGAACGCCGUGGUAACCUUCAGCAUCGUGGGCGGUGAUGAGGACAGGAAGUUCUUUGUGGAGACGGACAAAGUGAACAGGCGCGGUGUCAUAAAACUCAAGAAGAUGGUCGACUUUGAGAAGCCCCGCGAGAGGACUUUCAAUCUGACGCUAAAAGCCGAAGACGCUGAUUUCUUCAGCCUUGCCUACUGCCUCGUUCAGGUGGAAGACUCCAAUGACCACGCCCCCGUAUUUUUGCCCCAAUUCUAUGAGUCAGCAGCCAUGUCUGAAGACGUAGCUGUGGGGACAAUUGUUGCUCAGGUUACAGCUUCUGAUCUGGACUCGGGCCAAAACGGACGUAUUUCUUACAGUAUUUCAAAAGAUUCGGACCCUUACAAUCAGUUUCUGGUGGACCAGUCCGGUUGGGUGGUAGUGGCAGAUUUUCUGGAUAGGGAGAAAAUCUCGCAGCACAGGAUCAUGGUCCUCGCCACAGACGCUGGGAAUCCACCCCUGACUGGCACUGCUAUCGUCGUGGUAACCAUACUUGACAUUAACGACAAUGGGCCGGAGUUCGAGGUCUCCUAUAAGCCUGUCGUUUGGGAGAACACGGUGGCACCCCAGGCAGUUCGCAUGAACGAGACCUCCUUCCUCCUCCACACCACCGACCGGGACACCUCUACCAACGGCGGACCAUUCUCCAUACGGCUUCUCAUGCUCACCUCAGACGCCACCAACUUCAACUUGACUGACUUUCGAAACGGCAGCGCGGCCAUUAACACCCUCCGGACCUUCGACCGCGAGCGCCAGAAGGAGUACCGCCUCCCGAUUCUCAUGAUUGACAGCGGCUCUCCUCCAAUGAGCUCCACCAGCACGCUGACGGUCGUCAUUGGAGACAGGAAUGACCACCCUCACUCACCAGGACACACCGACUUCGUCGUCUACAGUUGUGAAGGUAUUCUCCCGACGACGCUGCUAGGACGAGUUCAAUCCCCCGACCUUGAUGACUGGAGUGAGAAGGUGUAUCGGUUUGAAGGAAAACCAUCAAGGUUGUUCAGUCUGAACCAGAGCUCGGGUCAGCUCAGUAUCAGGGAGGGGUCUCCCCCCGGCUCGUACCGCCUGCAGGUCCGCGUGUCAGACCGCACUUGGCCCGAUGUCACCUCCACGGCUCAGGUGGACGUCAGGGACCUGCAGCAGGACGCACUGAUGAACGCCGCCUCCAUCCGCCUGAACAACGUGACGCUGGAGCAGUUCUUCAGCAGCAGUGCAGCAGAGGACAGCAGGUUCUCCCGUCUGGGUCAGAUGUUGGCUGAACUCCUGCACACUCUGCCAGUAAACGUCCAGAUCUUCUCUGCGGGUGACGCUGGCCGGCGUGGAGAGAAAGCCAUCAACGUGUGGUUUGCCGCUCAUGGCUCGCCGUACUACAAGGCAGAGAAGCUGCACGGCUACGUGGCAGCAAACAAAGCCCAGUUGGAGGCCAUGUUGGGCGUGUCCAUCUCUCAGGUGGGAGUUGAUGAAUGUCCCUCAACAGACUGCAGUCAGUCUGGAGGCUGCAGCAGCGAGGUGACGUUCAGCCAGACCCCGAUGGCUCUCAGCUCCGGGAACACCUCUCUGGUGUCGCUGUCGGCCUCAUCAACAGCGCGAUGCGGCUGCCGUGGCCGGGAGGCGAUCCACUUGCCCUGCGCUGCCUACCCCACCAACCCCUGCCUCAACGGAGGCACCUGCCAGGACGGACCACUGGGAUACAGGUGUAAGUGUCCUCCCAUGUUCGAUGGGCCUGAGUGCCAGCAGACCAAACACAGCUUUGGCGGUCAGGGCUACGCCUGGUUUCCUCCCAUCAUGCUUUGCUUCCAGAGUCACAUCUCCCUGGAGUUUCUGGCUGAGUCGGCGAACGGGCUGCUCCUCUACAACGGGCCGCUCGGUCCCGCUCGCUCUGGGGAGCAGGAGGACUUCAUCGCCGUAGAGUUGAGGAACGGGGUUCCAGCUCUGAGUGUAAACCACGGAUCAGGAACCCUGACCCUUCAGCUCCCGUCGAAAUCCACCGUCACAGACCGGCGCUGGCAUCGCCUCGACAUCGUCAGUGAUGGAAAGGUGGUCCAGCUGAUCCUGGAUCAGUGUGGGGGGGCGGCGGUGAACGAGUUGGAGGGUGUCGGGGGGGAAACUCAGGAGACGGAUGAGUCCGGCUGCAGAGCUGCAGGAGAGACGCCGGGACACCAGAGGUAUCUGAAUGUCUUCCAGCCUCUCCAGCUGGGAGGGGUGAAGGAAACUUCUCCUCAUCAACAUUUCCACAGUUUCACAGGUUGCAUCCGCAACCUGGUGGUGGACAGUCAGGUGUACGACCUGGCUUCUCCAGGGGAGAGCGAGGACAGCGCCCCGGGGUGCAGGCUGACCGACGGCGUGUGUGUGACGGCGGCCGGUCCCUCCUGCGGCGCUCACGCCUCCUGCCUCGCCGACUGGGGCUCCUUCAGCUGCGCGUGCCACCCGGGAUACACCGGGCACAAGUGUGACAGCGUCGUCCCAGAGUUCUCCUUCGACUCGGACAGCGUCGUGCGUUAUCAGCUCAGAGGAGGCGGCAGCGCUCGCCGCACAAGCGUCCAGCUCCUCCUACGGACCAGAGCCGCCUCGGGCACCCUGCUCUCCGUGACGUCCCGGGAGGCCCACGAGUACAUCGUGCUGGAGAUCGUGGACGGUCAUCUCUCCGUUCGUGCCAACCUCGGCGACGGUGUCCGCGCCCUGCGGCUGCCCGGCCAGCGCGUUGACAUCGGGCAGUGGGUCAUGGUCGGCCUCGGGCGCCAUGACAACCUGUUCACCCUGCGUCUGGAGCAGGGCGGGGGCUCGCGGGAGGUCCAGGCCCGGCUGGGGAGCCGGCGGGAGAUCGUGGUUCACCCGGCCAGCGUGAUGGUCGGCAGCGGCCCGACCGCCGGAGACGACGCCGACUUCCAGGGAUGUCUGCGGGACGUUCGUUUGAACGCUCAGGUCCUGCCUCUGGACGGGCGGAGCCGCGACCUGGUGACGGUGCUGGAGCGGCAUGGCGUCACCUCGGGGUGCUCCAGCGACGCCUGCCGCAGCCAACCCUGCAGCAGCCCACUGCGCUGCAUCGACCUGUGGAGGAAGCACCAGUGCAAGUGCCCCGGCGGUCAGGUGACGGUGACAGACGACUCGGGUCAGCAGCGCUGCGUGCCGUCGCCCUGCGGACCAUCUUCCUGCCGUAAUGGCGGCGUCUGCCAGGCGCUGUCGCCCGACAGCUACCGCUGCCGCUGUCAGGAGGGCUUCAGGGGUCAGCGUUGUGAGCUGGGGCAGGUCAAAGGUCACCGGCUGGCCGCCCUCAGCCCCAGCUCCAUCCUGGCCAUCAGCAUGUGUCUGCUCGUCUUCUUCGCGGUGCUGGUGGCGGUGACGGUGUGGAACCAGAAAGGCAGCCGUAACAAGUUCAGGAAGCGAGGAGUUUACCACAUCCCUGCUGAACACGAGAGCUGGGAGGACAUCCGAGAAAACAUCCUCAACUACAACGAGGAGGGAGGGGGGGAGCAGGACGUUCCGCUGUGCUCCAGUGUGUCUCAGUCCUCGUCCUGCACCACGGCGCCGCUCAUCAAGUCCUCUCCGGGCUCGCAGGAGGAAGUUCACCCGUCCGGCUCCUCCUGCAGCUCCGGCGCUCCCUACCUCAGCAUCCCGUACCACCACCACUAUCAGCACGCCACGCCCAACAGCUACGCCGGCGACGCCACCUACGCUAACUACCCCGCGCGUGCAGGCAGGGACGUGGAGACGAGCGGCGGCUACGCGGACGCCCCGUCGGGGCCGCACUCUCACGUGGACUUUAAAAGCUACGUGGCGCGAAUCAUCUGGGAGGCGGACAACGACGGCGGGGCGCUGCCGCCGGACGCCUACCACGUGUGGUGUGUGGAGGGCUCGGGGUCAGCGGCGGGAAGCCUCAGCUCCCUGGGGUCCGGCCCCCGCGAGGAGGUCGAGGACGACAGGCUGUCGCUCUGGGGCCCCAAGUUCCAGGCUCUGAGCGAGAUGUACGACCGGCCGCAGCUGGCGCUCACGUACAGGGACGCUGUGGCCAUCAUACAGAGGGGCCACGGCCGCGACGCCCUGCCGCACCACCACUAGGGGGUGCUGCCCCCCCCCCCCCCUUAGUGCUGCGUUCACUGCCAGUCUGAAACCACCAUUUUAAAACUGAUUUUGUGACAUUGACGUCACAGUUAGAGCUGCAGAGAUUAUUAAUACAUUCAUAACAAGAACAAGUAACUGUGUUACUGUGGACACACAACUUUAUUGAUCCCUUGGAGAAAUACAGGAAGUGUGGUCUCAUCUGGUGCGGCUGCAGGUCGAUCAUGGGAUGUGUUUGUUCUGCAGGACGAGACGUCGGAGCUCAGUGUCUGGAAGAAGUUCCACAGAUGUUCAGUGCGUCCUAUUUAUUUAGUUUGUCGGCGGUUUCAGGACUUUCAGAGUAAAAGGUGACUUUGUUAUUUAUAACGGCAUCGAGGCCUCGACGUGACAAAGAGAACUUCUUGUCCGACCAACAGAAACAGAAGAAGAAGAAACAUCUGUCGUCUCCGCAGAUUAACAAACUUCACGAGCAGCUUUUAUUUCCUCUCUUCUAACUUCCUGUUGCUCUCGUGGAGGAUUCCUCCCUCAGUACGAGAAGAACCUCGACAACGUGCAAAAUAAGAUUUGAUAGUUUUCAGAUGAUUAUUUUUAUACUUCCUUGUAGAAACUUCCCAGAAGGCUUUGCAGCGUGUUUCAGGUUGUGUGUGUGUGUGUGUGUGUGUGUGUGUGUGUACAGAUUUAUUCAUGACAAAACUGCUGAGGAGGCGCAAAACUAAAGUUUCCAUCGUCUGCACGUUCAGAUUUGAGAGCAAAGAAAUCCAGAUUUCACAGUUUAGCAGAAUAUUUAUGCUUUAAUUUCUAUAACACAUAAAAUUAUAACCUGCUAAUGAAACAACAUAGAGAUUAGUAAUAUUCAUAACACGUUAUAAUAACUUGUGUAUGAUGAGGCUUCAUAACUGCUGGUCAUCACCGACAUUUUAGAUUUAAUUAUUAAUUAUUUAACUUUACUUUAAGCCCCUAAUGACAUAGAAAUAAUUACAUGUUUUUUAAUUACUCAUUUUAAUUAGAUUUAAUUAAUGGCUUUAUAUACCAUGCAUAAUAAUGCAUCAUUUUAUUUGUUGAUUUAUAUUUUGUGUAAUUAAUCUGAUUGUAAAGUUGCUAAAGUGAUAAAUGUAGAAUCUAAAUAAGAUGGAGACGACGCUCUCAGAUCUCCUGCAGAUUGAUUCCUCUUGAAGUCUUCGUCUUCGUCUUCGUCUUUUGAAACUUGUUUCCCUGCAUCAGAGCCUCCAGCUGUUCACGUCUCUUCUCCAAACAACCAAAACACAAUUUAUUUUCAUUAAAGACAGAAGAAGUGAAGCCGCAGUUUGUUUCCCGUCUACCUCUCGGCUGCGUGUCGUUCCUGCGCCUGAUGAAUGUAGCUUUAUACGUGUGAGUCUGAGCAGGCCGAGAGUACAAUCACGUUUAUUAUUAUUAUUAUUCAUAAAGUCUUUACAGGAGGAGCUCAAAACUCAAUCCUCACAUCACAGGCGAAGAAAUCCAGAUGUUUGCAAGUGACUCACAGAAUCACCUGAAAGGUUUCUUUAAGCUGUUUCACAAAGUCGACCUGCAGAUGGUUUUAAAAACAAGAAGUUCAUGAAGUUAAUUCAGCAGAAAACAACAGCAAAGAUCAUAAAUACAAAUAAAUGUGAGAACUUGUCUUCAGGUUCUCCGAUGUUUAGUGCAGCGGUUUAACAAACCUUAAAGACUGAAGACUAGAAGGAACCCUUCCCUCUGUGUAAUCUGAAGGUGUGUGUGCAGCGCAGAAACAGGUUCACAGGUGUGUGCAGCGCAGAAACAGGUUCACAGGUGUGUGCAGCGCAGAAACAGGUUCACAGGUGUGUGCAGCGGACCGUCUUUAUUCCUCUUCUGGCAUCUGAAUAAAGUAAAAGUGUGUCCUCAAAGAAUUGUACUCAAAGCUAUGCAUCCAAAUGGAACAACACAGGUGUCUUUUUCUAAGUGUGUCUGUGUGUGUGUGUGUGUGUGUGUGUCUGUGUCUGUGUGUGUGUGUGUCUGUGUGUGUGUGUUGAUCUGGAUGAUAUGUACAUAUGGAUGUUUUAUAACAACCUAACAUGGAAUAUUCCUUUUGUAUAUGACUUUUAAUAAAAAUGGCUU